GAGAAGAAUCAUGUCUAAUAUUCGUAUCACCCGCUGGUCCUCAACCGAGGAAGUGGUGGAAGCCGUUCGUGAAUACAAAGACACACUAAACGACCCAAAUGCUCCUGAUGAAACCAGGGAAGAGGCGCGGCAGAUGCUGGACCGACUGGGGGCUGAUGAGUCCCCGCCCGACCCUGACGACAGGGGCAAAGUUACGAUCAAAGCUGCCGAAGAAUUGAACUUGGACCAAGGCCUUCAUGAAGAUGAUAAAGAUGAGGCUCGGGCGAGCCAGGUGGACAAGCCGGUCUAGGCACUAGGUGAUACUUUACAGAUCAAGUGAUAAGAGCACUGUGAAUUAGUCAUUUCAUAAUCCAAUAUAGCGUCUAUCUAUCUUUU